CUUAUGUUGGAUUAGUCUACCUGUGACGCAGUGACGUGAAAAAACUCUCACUCGCUUCUUCACUUUAAGUACAGAGUAAAAACUCGUUCAGCUCAAGCUGCCCUUACUUGAAUGCAUAAGUUUACUACGACACAAAUCUGACAUCUGAGGAGAUGUUGGCACAGUUUGUGUACAUGGACGCAGGCAUUGAGCCAAAAGCCUAAAGCCUCACUGGCUCAGUGGGUCUUCAUAUCAGUACAGCCCAUGGAAAGUCCAAGAGGCUGCUGAACCUACGAGGCUCACCGACUGCAGGGCUGCUCGGAGGCGAUGCGCUCAACUUUAACACAUUUAUAGUCGCUUGUACGCGAUAUCAGACUUUACCAAGCCCCCACCAGCGCCUGCAGACAUUAUACACGUUUCCAAAGGCUGUUUAGCACACCUCCAACUGACAAUUUUUAGAUCACAGUCGCACCUCUUAAUAUAAACCUGCGGCGCAUAAGUUAUGAUGCUCCUUCUGCCCGGGACAAAAAGAGGCUGGACAAACUGGUGAGGAUGAGCCGGCUCAGUCCUGGGCUGCUCCCUGGACUCAGAGGACGACAGGGGGACGAUAGCCAGGCUGUCGUCCAUGUGGCAGACCCCCUCCCACCCCAUGCAGCUCCUUCAGGGACAGACUGCUCCACCCGCGCUGUGUGGAGGAGAGUCUACAGGAGCGGACAGGAUGUCUUUGACUGUGGCCAAGGCCGAUGGGGUCACUGUGUUCACUUUGACCUCUGACUCUCAAAGUCUUUGCCCUCCGCUGUGCCAAAUCCUCAAGGGUCUUUGCUACAGCCCCCCAUGCUGCUCUGUGUCUCAGCACUUGAGGAUCAUCCAGAGAACUUCUCAGUCACUACUGGGGGCCAUUCAUAUUAUGGUUGGGUUGUUCAACAUCGGCCUUGGAGCAAACUUUGUUUAUUCCUCCCCAUAUCCUUUUUGGUUGGGAGGGAUGUUUAUGUUAUUUGGAGCCGUGGCCAUUUUGUCUGAGAAGUACCCCAGUCCAUGUCUGGUCAUCCUCAAUGUGAUUCUGAACCUAUUAGGGGUUGCUUUUGCCAUUGCAGCCAUCACACUCUACAGCAUCGAUAUAGCACUCUUAAGCUUAUGGUGGGUAUGUGAUGACGAUUACGAUUUUUCAAGAUACAACACGCCGUCUCCUUCCGAGAAUAUCGUGAAGGAAAAAUGUUUGGAGGGCAGAGCACUGGUUCUGAUGCUCAUGCAGAGCAUCAUUGCUGUGCUUAUUGUCCUGUCGGUGUUGGAGCUCUGCGUUGCCAUCAGCUCUGCUGUCUUGGGGAUCAAGGCUCUGAGGAACAGCGACAAGGCAGAAAGGCCACUGAUCACUCAGAACAUCACACAAACCUGCUGAAGGAACUCACCAGUGAUCUUACAGCCUAAAUGGUGUUAUGUUACUAUCAUCCUGUGCAUUUACACCCUCGACUCUAUGUAUCAUAAGGUCAAUGCGUUACAGAAAUUCAGCCGUUCAACUCUCUGCCAAACUUUUCCUUUAGGGGUUGGUUAAUAGUAUUUAUACUUAUGUUAUUUUUUGCACAUACACUUGUAUUUUUGAUAAUAAUCUGCAUCAAAUUGUACAUGCUGCUGUCCAUUUCAUUCUUUUAUUUGUUGUUCCUGGUUAUUCUGAUUUUCUAUAUGUCUUAUAGUCUCUAUGUUUGUGAAUAAGAGGGAGGUGUAUGCUUGUGUGUGUGACAUUUAUGUAUUGAUAGGGUUUUGGUUUGCUAUUUUUACAAUAUUAAGUCAUGUAAAAAAGAAAACCACUGGACCAGGAGGUCCUGUAUUUGUGAUAAUUAUGUUACAAGGUAUUGUGCUAUUCCACUGAUCUGUAACAGCCACUUUCUCCAGCAAAGUGUGUGUCUGGGGUUGGGGGGUCAGGAUGGAUUUAUUGGCAAAUGUUCACUUCAAAACCUAUAACAUUUAAAAUUAUUUUUCUCAUUUGGAACACUACAGCGUCUAUUUCAAAACAAUUAUAGUUUUUCUGUCUUGAGUCUUUUUUCUUUUGUUUUUAAAUCAAGUGCUGAUUUUUUUUUGUCUUUGUAGGAUAAUCCCAAAUAAAAGAGGAAAAUAAUCAAAUGUAAUGAAGUAUGGUAGGGUAUAGUUAUUUUAGAGCAUUUAUUAAUUGGAAGUCACAGAACAAUUCCAUAUGUAUCUAUCUCUCUCUAUAUAAAUCAGUCAAUCAUAAAGUAGAGCAUUCACAGUUAUCGUUGAGUGUUGAGCUGAAUGAUCAGCAAAGAGUUAAAGUUUCUUGGCUCCACCGGGCUGGGAGGUACUUCUGGGAACAUGACAUUAGUGCUUCUCCUCCACUUCUAAACAGUAACUGCGCAAUAAACAGUACAGCUUUCUACCUGA